AUGACAGACGCUAAUAAGGAGCAAGUCAAAAUAGGAGAUACAGGUCCGAAAUCACCAACACCAUCAGCAUCAUCGACAGAAUCAUAUAAAAAGAAGGCGAGCAAAUGGCUAAAAAAACUAAGUAUUGGGUUCGCGAGCUUGAAGAAAUCCACAGAAGACUCGGUCAAUGGCAUUCGUGCCAAGAUGGGUGGCAAUGAUAAAGGGCCGGAUGCUCCAUCCGCCUCGUCCGCCCCUUCAGCCCAAUCUACCCGAUCCGCUCAUUCAGCCCAGUCCACCCCAUCUGCCCCUUCAGCUUCUUCCGCUCCGGAUACGAAGGAAGAAUAA